GAAAAAGUAUUGGAACGUUACUCUCCGUCCACUCGUGCUCAGGCGAAGGGAAGAUGUAUCGCUGCGGCUCCUCCUUUUCGCGAAUUUCCUCUCCCUCCUACAGAGCCGUCAAGCAUGCGAGAGGACGGGGUGUCGACAAAGUUAACUCCACCAGACAGUAUGCUAACCUACCUGACAAACCACCUUCGAUGAAUGACCUGCCAGUACCUCAGGGCUCAUGGACUCUGCGAAAUCAGAGGACUCAGAAAGCCUACAAUUUGCAACUGGCAACAGGCCUUGGUUUCACUGGAUUUACUUUGUUUGUUGCCAAACAGAGUGGACUGAUAGAGUUUGGCUGGGGACCUGGUAAGGUGAGCUUGCCAAAGGAGCCUGUAGAAGUGGCUGAGGAAGAGGCACCAGCAGAAGAACCCGCUGAAGAAGCACCUGUUGAAGAAGAAGCUGCUCCUGUUGAAGAAGCAGCUGCACCUGUGGAAGAAGCACCAGCUGCUCCUGCCGAGGAGGCACCAGCUGCACCUGCCGAGGAGGCACCAGCUGCACCUGCCGAGGAAGCACCAGCUGCACCUGCCGAGGAGGCACCAGCUGCACCUGCCGAGGAGGCACCAGCUGCACCUGCCGAGGAGGCACCAGCUGCACCUGCCGAGGAAGCACCAGCUGCACCUGCCGAGGAGGCACCAGCUGCACCUGCCGAGGAAGCACCAGCUGCACCUGCCGAGGAAGCACCAGCUGCACCUGCCGAGGAGGCACCAGCUGCACCUGCCGAAGAGGCUCCAGCUGCACCUGUAGAGGAAGCACCUGCUGCUCCUGCAGAAGUCCCAGCUGCCACAGCAGAAGUCCCGGCAGCUGAACCCACCGAAGCCCCAGCAGUAGAGAGUGUGGCCGCAACACCUGAGCCAGUUGAUGUUUCCUCAAAACCUGAAGCAGAGCCUGCUAUAGAAGAAAUAUCUAUUGUUGAAACAGCCCUUAAAUCUGAGGCAGAACCUGUUGGUGAAGCUGCUCCUGCAGCUGAAAUAGAAUCUUCUGUUGAAGUAGCUCCUGCAGCUGAAUCAGAACCUGCUGUUGAAGCAGCUCCUGCAGUUGAAACAGAACCUGCUGUUGAAGCAGCACCUGCAGUUGAAACAGAACCUGCUGUUGAAGCAGCACCUGCAGUUGAAACAGAACCUGCUGUUGAAGUGGCUCCUGCAGCUGAAUCAGAACCUGCUGUCGAAGCAGCUCCUGCAGUUGAAAUAGAACCUGCUGUUGAAGCAGCUCCUGCAGUUGAAACAGAACCUGCUGUCGAAGCAGCUCCUGCAGUUGAAACAGAACCUGCUGUUGAAACCACUCCAGAAAUUGAAGCAGAACCUGCUGUUGAAAUUUCCGACAAGGGUAAAGCAGAUGUUGCUGAACCAAUUGCAGCCGAAGCAGUAGAGCCUACAGCUGAAUCUGAGCUUAUCAAGGAGGCUGCUGUAGCUGAAGCCUCUUCCAAUUUAGAAAAAGCAAAUGACACUGUAGUCACCCCAGUGAAGUCUGAAGCUGCAGCUCCAUCUGUGCCAGAACAUGUUCCAUACCUGAUAAUUGGUGCAGGAACAGCCUCAGUAGCGGCUUUUAGGGCCAUCAAGGCGAAAGAUGCUAAAGCAAAGGUGCUUAUAAUUUCUGGUGAGGGUGAAGCUCCCUACAUGAGGCCACCCCUCAGCAAAGAGCUAUGGUACAGUGAUGAGCCUGAAACAGCCACAAAACUGAGGUUCAAACAGUGGAAUGGGAAGGAAAGGAGCAUCUUCUUUGAACAUGAUGAGUAUUACACCCCCAUUGAAACCUUAACCACACGGGAGAAUGGAGGCAUUGCACUUCUGAAAGGUCACAUGGCAGUCAAGCUGGAUGUCCACAAGAAGCGCGUCUAUUUAGAUGAUGGGACUGAAAUUGGAUAUGACAAGUGCCUUAUUGCUACAGGAGGUAAACCCAAGUCCCUUCCCAUACUGGACCGAGCUGGAGAAGAUAUUCAAAAGAAAGUUACCCUUUUCCGUGGCAUCAAGGAUUUCCAGACUCUCCACAGCAUAGCACAGGACGGGAAACACAUCACAAUUAUUGGUGGUGGAUUCCUGGGCUCAGAACUUGCUUGUGCAUUAGGUCACAAAGCAAAGAUAAGCAAAGGGAAAGUGACACAGGUGUACCCAGAGUCAGGUAACAUGGGAAAAGUUCUCCCUGAAUACCUUUCCAAGUGGACCACUCAGAAGGUCAAGUCAGAAGGAGCUGACAUCAUCCCCAACUCUUAUGUUAAGGGUGUCAGCACCAACGAUGAAGGCAAAGUGGUGUUAACUCUCAACACUGGAGUUGAACACGUUACUGACCACAUCGUUGUAGCUGUUGGUCUGGAGCCUAAUGUCGAAUUGUCAAAGACCUCUGGACUGGAAGUGGAUGACAUUCAUGGUGGUUUCCGAGUAAAUGCUGAGCUGGAAGCAAGGACUGACCUCUGGGUGGCUGGAGAUGCUGCCUGCUUUUAUGACAUCAAGCUUGGACGCAGACGUGUGGAGCACCACGAUCACGCCAUUGUUUCUGGAAGGUUGGCUGGUGAAAAUAUGACAGGCGUUGGCAAGCCAUACUGGCACCAGUCCAUGUUCUGGUCUGACCUGGGACCCGAUGUUGGCUAUGAGGCUAUUGGUAUUGUGGACUCCUCCCUACCAACAGUAGGUGUGUUUGCUAAGGCCACUGAGAAGGACACACCAAAGGCAGUGGUUGAAGCUACUGGAGAAGGCAUGCGGUCAGAAACUGAAAGUGCUGCAGAAAGUGGCACCAUAGCACAUUCCAGCGAGCCCCAUGCCCCAGUGUCUGGUGAAGAUUAUGGCAAAGGAGUUGUUUUUUAUCUGCGAGACAACAUUGUCGUAGGCAUUGUAUUAUGGAAUGUAUUCAACCGUAUGCCAAUUGCAAGGAAGAUCAUUAAGGAUGGCAAGAGUUACGAUGAUCUCAGCGAAGUGGCAAAGCUCUUCAGUUUGCAUUCAGAAUAGGGAUGACAGUAGCUUCUCAGAUUGUUACUAUUUUUGACAUGGGUUCCUAGGAGUCAGUACUUUUUUUACAGAUGAACGUAAAUACCAAACAUUUAGAAAUGAAGAUUGUUACGUGUAUAUAGAAUGAUACUGUGAAGUCAGCUACUGAACUAUGGCUUGUGUGCUCAACAAAACUAGAUUACAAAACAUUGCCAUCCAAGCGACUGUAAAUGCUUGUGAAUUUCAAGAUCACUAUUAACUUUACAGAAACCUUGCACAUCUUACUUUUGAAUAUAGUUUGGUAUUUUCGCACAAUUCAAGCUUACAGUCUGAAAGACUUCCG